AUGGCCAACACUGUCCUUCUGCUCACCUUGUCUCCUCUCUCCCUCCUCCCCUCUUCCCCACCUCCCCUCCUCACCCCACCUCCACAGGUGCAAGCGGGCUGUGAGCUGCUGAGGGUGCGGUGGGAACGCAAGAGAGCACACACACGGCAGAGGGCAGUUGCGACGAUGGAGAGGCUGAUCCAGUCAGUCUCACAUCAGGAGAAGAGAAUCCGCCAGCAGCAAUCGCAAGCAGCCUCGGGAUCAUCAGGAGGCGCUGUGGCGGCUGCGUUCCCGGAGGAGGAAGCGAGAGAAGCAGCAGAGAGGAUGAAAUACUGCUUCGCUGUUUGGGAGUAUGGAGAGCUGCUGGUGGCGAGCGGGUGUGUGGGUGAGGCCAUGCGUGUGUUUGAGACCAAUGAGCUGUGGGACCAUCUCAUCGACUGCUACAGCCUCCUGGGCAAGCGGGCAGCAGCUGCUGCUCUGGUGACAGCGAGGCUGAAGGAGCAGCAGAAGGAAGUUUGGCGCCUAUCGUGCUUCCUGGGGCCCAUCUUGCUUCCUUCCGUGUCUACUCCCCCCAUUCCUUCCCCCCUCCACUCCCCUUAUUCCAGCCUCCUGGGCAAGAGAGCAGCAGCAGCAGCGCUGGUGACAACGAGGCUGAAGGAGCAGAAGGAGGAUCCGCGCCUGUGGUGCUGCCUGGGGGAUUUGACGGAGGAGAAGGAAUGUUACGAGAAGGCUUGGGAGUUCUCCCGGCACAGAUACGCGCGUGCUCAGCGAGCACUAGCGCGCAUGGCAAUGAACACAAAGGACUUCAAAGCAGCCAUGGCUCAUUGGGAGGCUGCCCUGGCCAUCAGCCCACUGCAUGCAUCUGCUUGGUUCUCCCUCGGUUACUCUGCCAUUCAGGCGUGUGACGGGGACAAGGCCCUGUAUGCGCUCACGCGUUCAGUGCAGAUCGAUCCAGACAACGGGGAGGCGUGGAACAACCUGGCUGUGCUGAGAACUACUGUGAUUCACUCCUCAUCACUCCUGCUUCCCCAUCGCUCCUCCCCAUCGUUCCUCCCCACCACUCCGCCCCAUCACUCCAACCCCUUCACACAGCUUCACCCCCGUCCCCCUCCCCCGCCUCCCACUCUCCUUUCCACAGGGGAGAGGACUGGCACCUGCUGUCAGAGCAGCAUCACGAGUGCUCGAGCUCACCCAUUGCAAGCGGGUCGACACGGGUGCUGCUUUCUUCCCUAUAUCUCCCCCUACUAUCUCCACCUUCCCCCACUCUUCCCCCUCGCCUUCCUCUCCCCGCUCUCUCUCCCCCCGAAGGCGGCGGUGAGGGCAGCAUCACGAGUGCUGGAGCUGACUCAAGGCAAGCGGGUCGACACAACCGUGCUAGAGGGGCUGAUAGGGGUGGUGGAGAGGAAUAGGAGAGGCGGGAAAGGGGAGGAGGAGGAGAAGACCGGUGAUGGCGAGGGAGGGAGAAGGGGAGAGGAGGGUGGAGUUGAGGGUGGUGGGGAGGGGUUGGAGGGGAGAGAUGGGGAUGGUGGUGAGAUUGAUGAUUUGAUGAUGAGUUUACAGCCGUUGGAUCUGGGCAAGGUGGGAGGGAGGGAGGAGGCGGUGGGAGGGGAAGGUGGAGGAGAGGGUGGAGGGGAGGGGAAUGGUGUGCCAGAAACAAAUUGUGCUUAUAAGGAGGAUGGUGGGACGCAAGCAGGGAGUGGUGGUCCCAUGAACGAAAGGGAAGCUGCCAGGCUUGAAACGGAGCUGAGGAAGCUUCUGGGAAAGGCAGUGGCAUCAGGAGCAGGCGUGCCGGAAAUUUACCGCCUGCAAGGAACCUUCCUGGAAGCCGUGGGCGAUGCUGACGUGGCAGCGGAGGCCUUCCUGCGCCUCGUGCGCUCGCUGCAGUCUGCCAGCUGGCAGCACGGCGAGCCAGACGCGUUCCGCCAGCUGGCGAGGGCGGCGCUGAGGUGGACGGCGGCGGUGGUGCGAGGGGUGGCGGGGGAAGAGGGGGUGGAGGAAGUGAAAAGGGGAGGGGUGGAGAGAGAGGGGGAGGGUGUGAGAGUGAGUGGGGGUGGCAAGAGGAGGUUGGCGUCUGUGCGCAUGCUUCUAAGCAACAUUCUGAAGCAGCAUUCAACUCUUCUCAUCUCCGCCCCAAACCCUUUCCCCCCCCUUCCCACCCGCUGCUUCCAUGCACUCCUCCACACUCCUCUUCACUCCUCCUCCCUCCUCCCCACUCCUCCCCACCGCUUCCAGCCGUUUGGAAAUCUGCACGAGGGGGUGUCAGCAUUGAUAACGGAGGCAGUGGGUAGUCUAAGCGCUGCCGUUGCUGGUGGUGCUCUGGUGGUGGGUGUGGAGGUUCCAUGCUUUAAUCCGCUCCUUUCCUCUCCUUUAAACUCCUUCCUGCCCCUCCCCACACCUCCCCACCGCUUCCAGCCGUUUGGCAAUCUGCACGGGGGAGUGUCAGCAUUGAUUACGGAGGCAGUGGGGAGUCUAAGCGCUGCCGUGGCUCCUGGUGCGCCAGUGGUGGGGGUGGAGGUGCCAUUUGGCAAUCUGCACGGAGGGGUGUCAGCGUUGGUAACGGAGGCAGUGGGCAGUCUAGGUGCUGCCGUCGCUGCUGGUGCACCGGUGGUGGGGGUGGAGGUAGCAUGCAGUCACCUCAGAGCGGCACCCAUCGGCACUCCUCUCAUUGCUGUUGGCACUCCCUUGAGAGUCGGCCGCACCGUUCAGGUGUGGGAGGUCCGCCUGUCAGCUUCAAGUGACAGCGCUCUGGCACAGGGAGAGUCAACCCUCGCUAGGGAGGCAGCAGCAACAAUACAAACUAAUCACGUGCCGUCAGCAUCACAAUCACACUCACUAGACAGCAAGGCAGGGCCGAGUCAAGAGCAGCAACAGCAGCUGUUGCCACCUGAAUGCACAACUGAGUGCUCACCUGUGGGCUUGAAGGCUGGUCGGCUGCUGGCAGUGGGGCGACUGACGUGUAUUCCCUUGGCCCAGAGCCGUGGAGGCCGGACGAACGGGGAGAAUGGGAAUGGAGGGGAGGAGAAUGGGUAUGGAGGCGGAGAGAAGAGAGGGAACUGGAUUGGAGGAGAAGCAGGGAGGAGGGAGGAAAGUGGAGCACUGGGGAACCGAAAGGAGGGAAAUGGAGAGGAGGAGGUGAAGCGGCGGAUGGGAGAGGGGACGGAUGAGUAUGAGGGCUCACGUGCUUGUUCCUGCUCCAACUUCCCUCACUUCGACUCCCCUCACUUCGACUCCCCUCGCUUUGAAUCCCCUCACUUCGACUCCCCUCGCUUCAACCGUCUGCCCAUCCAUAAGUUCAUCGGCCUUCGCUUCCUCUCUGCCUGCCCUCACCGCGUCGUGGCGGCGUUCGUCUCGUCCCCUUCAACCGCUCAGCCCUUUAACAACGUACACGGAGGAGUAUCAGCCCUAAUCACCGAGUCUCUCGGCAGUGUAGGAGCGAGUCUGGCAGCAGGGGGGUCAGUGGCGGGGGUAGAGGUGGCCACCAGCCAUCUCAGGCCGUGCCCCCUCGAUACGGCCGUUCUUGCUGUCGCUGUGCCGCUGCGAGUGGGGCGCACUGUCCAGGUGUGGGAGGUGCGCUUGUCUGUUCAGAAGCAAGAGAAGCAGAGGCGAGACGAGCUUCAAGAUGUGGGAGACGCGUCUGGAGGGACGGCUUCUUUGGCUUCUCCCAGAGCAGGGCUGCUGCUGGCAGUGGGACGGCUGACAGCGGUGGUGCUGGGGAAAGGGAAUGCUGGGGAGAGGAGCAAGGCGAGGCUGUGA